AUGGCGGGUGUGCCCUCCGGCAUGUCCACGCUGGGGAGGAUGGGCCCGCACCCACGCGUGCAGGUCUCGUCGGAGAUGGACGUCAGGUUCGGCAUCGACCACAAGCCGUGCGCGCGCAUGGGACUGCCGUACCUGCCCGGCGGCGCGGAGCGCUCGACCCUGGAGCCCGACAGGGUGCUGACGUGCCCUGGCGGUUGGCUGGACAGGCAUACGAAGCGCCACGAGGCGGCCGGGCGGGAGUACGCCCAGCGGCAGCAGGACACCCUCAAGAUGACCACCAUGCGCGCCGGCGGCGUCGUCGCGGAGAGGGGCGCGGCGAUGAUCGACAGGAGCGCCUCGGCUUCGUCCCUGCCCGCCGGCGGCACGACGCAGGGCGUGCGGCAGCUGCGGACCAGCGCGAGCACGGCCGACUCGGGCUUCUGGGAAGAGCUCGCUGGCUUUUCUGAAGCCAUCGGCUCGAGUGAUUCCGUUUGA